AUGUCCGACGAUGAAGCCGACCCGGACCUCGUGGCAUUGCUCCGUCAAUCCCUGGGUCUGGCAGGCAGUUCGUCGACUGCCGCUCCAGGCACGGGCGUCCUGAAAUCAGCAGAAUACAUAUGCGACAAUGCAAUCGACGUCUCGAUAUCUCACUCUGGCACCAAAACUGCUGCAGAGACGAUAUGGCAACUCAUGCAGAAAAAGCAAUACUCAACCGAGACGUGGUCGACACAUGAACUACAUCCGAAAUCCAAAGACGAAGCCACCGUCAACUUCAUCUUCACCAUGAACCUGCUCAAUUUCUCCUUCUGGUCGGAACUGUCGCCUCAGGAGCGCUUCGCCGUCGACUAUCGUGGCAAGACCUGGACGGGCUACUGGUCGCUGGUCGCAGCCUUGCAGCGAGCUCUGGACGAAGGCCACCCCAUAACAACACCAUCCUUCUGGCUCGACUCCUCCGUCUGCCCAGACGACCUGCUCUCCCACAUCUUCCGCUCCGCCACAGCCGAAUCCAUCCCCUUACUUACAGACCGCAACUCCAUCCUCCGCGAAGCCGCCAAAGUUCUGCACCAGCAUUUCUCCAACCGCCCCGUCAACAUCAUCACUCGCGCAAACCACUCCGCCGCAACCCUAGUCAACAUCCUAGUCGAAUACUUCCCCAACUUCCGCGACACCGCGACAUUCCAUGGCCGAGAAGUAAACCUGUACAAACGCGCUCAAAUCCUCGUGGCCGACCUAUGGGCCUGCUUCAACGGGACCAGCUACGGCACCUUCACCGACAUUGGCAGUUUGACAAUGUUCGCCGACUACCGCAUCCCGCAAAUGCUUCAAGGGCUGCACUGUCUGUGGUACUCACCCAGACUAGAAACGCGGAUCGCUCGGCUCCAAACGCUACAACCCGGUGAGGCCAUGGAAAUCGAGAUCCGCGGCUGCAGUAUCUGGUGCGUCGAGUUGAUCCGUCGCGAAAUCAUCCGUCAACACCCCGAGGCCAAAGCAAAACUCAAUGCCGUGCUUAUAGACUUUUUCCUGUACGAUACUUGUAAGGACCUCGAGGCGCGUGGCGAAAUGGACGACAUGCUGCCUCAUCAUAGAACGAGAUCCAUCUUUUAUUGA